CUUCCUCAGUCCGCCAUUUUCGUUGGGGCUUCUUCUCUCCAAAACUUGGAUUUUCUCAACACUAUAACUAUGUCGAUGUCCUACCUGCCAGCGACCAUGGAUACACUUAUUCUGGCUUCAGAAAACGAUAGCCCAUCUGAAGCAAUUUCAAUCCUUUACCGCGUACUUGCAAACCCUUCAUCUUCCCCUGAGGCCCUAAAUAUAAAAGAGCAGGCCAUAAUAGAUAUAUGCUAUAUUUUCAACGACACUGAUCGAGCCGAGGAUCUUCGAAACCUUGUCACUCAACUAACACCAUUAUUCAGCUUGAUAUCCAAAGCAAAGACGGCUAGAAUUGUUCGUGACAUCAUUGAUGUUAUAGGAGAUAUCACAGGCACAUCUGAGUUGCAAAUUUCUCUAUGCAAGGAACUGGUGCAGUGGACACGUGCGGAGAACCGAACUUCCCUUCGGUAUUGGGUCGAGGCCAGGCUUGCUGCUCUACUGAUUGAAGAAAAGGACUACUCAGAUGCCUUGAAUCUCCUUGCAGAGUUGAUCAAGGAAGUGGGAAGAAUGGAGGACAAGCUUCUCCUUAUAGAGAUAAACUUGUUGGAGAGCAAGAUUUACUUUUGUCUAAGGAAUCUUCCCAUGGCAAAUGUGGCACUUUAUGCUGCAAGAAUAACUGCUCAAUCCAUAUAUGUGCCUAUACACCAGCAGGGCGCCAUUGAUUUACAGAGUGGCAUCCUCCAUGCGGAGGAGAAGGAUUAUUGUGCUGCUUUCCACAGUUUCGCUGUAGCUCUUACAGCUUUCGACCUUUUCGAAGAUCCCCGUGCUGUGAUUUGCCUCAAAUAUUUGUUGUUGUGUGUAAUAAUGUGUGAUCAGUCGUAUCUUGUGCAGUUCGCAAUCUCGCGUUAUGGGGAGUGUUAUGAUAAGGAGAUUGAGAUAAAUGCCAUGAAAGCAGUGGCUUAUGCUACUCAUUCCAAGCGUUGUUCUAUAAAGCUCUUCAAGGAUGCACUUAGAGAUUUUAGAGCUCAACUACAGGAAGAUCUACUUGUCCACCUGCAGCUCUCUUCCCUCUACAAUACUUUGUUUGAGAAAAACCUGUAUCGGUUGAUCGAACCGUUCUCGAGGGUCGAGAUUGUCCAUGUUGCUAAUCUGAUUGAGCUGCCUGUCGAUCUGGUAGAAAGUAAGUUAUCUCAGAUGAUUUUGGAUAAGAAAUUAACAGGAAAUUUGGAUCAAGGUUGCCUCAUCAUUUUUGAUGAUCCAAAAAUAGAUGGAAUAUAUGCAGCAACUCUUGAAACCAUCAUAAACAUUGGCAAGGUUGUGGAUAGCCUUUAUGUAAGGUCAACAAAGAAAAAGAUAAUGCCAUGA